AUGAUAUCAAAAGUGAUGGAUAUUUUAGGAAGAGGUAGAAAGAUCCUCAGAGGUACUAUUAUCUCUAAACAUCAUACUAAAACAGCGAUGGUUGAAGUACCAACCGUCUUUUUCGAUGCCACUAAAUAUUCAUGUGUCACCACUAGAAAGACUAAAUACAUGAUCGACGAUCCAGAAGACAAGUGCAUCGUCGGUGAUUUUGUUCAAAUCGUACCAUGUGCACCAGUCUCAAAGAGAAAGACACACACCCUUUUAAAGAUCACCAAACGUCCAUUGACUACAGAAUUCAUCCUCCAAAAUCCACACUUCAAGGUUACCAAUCGUGAAGUCACCGAACAAAAGACUGCCAAUAAGAUUAAAUACAUUCCAAUCGAUGAACUCGUUAGACAAAAGGAAAAGGAUCAAUAA